CCCCCCCCCCCCCCCCCCCCCCCCCCCCCCCCCCCCCCAUCAUUGGUGUCAGUGGGAGGAAUAGUGCCCCAUCAUUGGUGUCAUGGGGGGAGGAAUAGUGCCCCAUCGUUGGUGUUCAGUGGGGGGAGGAAUAGUGCCCCAUCGUUGGGUGUCAGUGGGGAGGAAUAGUGCCCCAUCGUUGGUGUCAGUGGGGGGAGGAAAUAGUGCCACCAUCGUUGGUGUCUGUGGGGGGAGGAAUAGUGCCCCAUCGUUGGUGUCAGUGAGGGGAGGAAUACUGUCUCAUCGUUGGUGUCAGUGGGGGGAGGAAUAG